AUUAGAGUUGCCUACGAAAACAGCGCCUGCGCCUCGGAAAUUAUUUGAAUUUAUCGCUUGUGGCGUCGCUUGAGCCGAAUAUGAACACGCCAGGUAUAAGCCUUUUUCAGGGGGCGGACACCCUCAACGUGAACUCCACACUGGACCGUCAGGAGGAGGAAGAGGCGCUGCAGGAUCAGAAACGCCGCGACGAAGAGCUUGGGCAGAUCCUGGUGGGCGCCUUCGAUGACCUGGAUGACCAUGAAAACACAAUCGACUCGACGACGAAUGUCCUGCCCAACUACCCAUCACAUCAACACCAGAAACCGCUGCACGACGAUCCUCAGCGAACCAACGAGAUCGAGAUGCACCGCCUCAAUAUGCUGCUGGAGUCCAAGAAUAACGAGCUACAGAACAUCAACCAGGAGUCCAACGCUGCGCAUACAAAAUUGAAUGAGUUACAGACGCACCUGUCUAUCAUAAAAGCCGAGCUGGAGCGAGCCUUGCGCGAGAAGCAAAACACUCACGAGUUGCUAGUGGAGACCAAAGAGAAUUGCUCUAAUAAGGACAGCGACCUAGACAAGCUGCGGUCGGAAAAGAAGCAGUUGGAAGAAGAUAACACGCGCCUAGUUGGUCAAUUAGAGACCACUAUGACCUUGCUUUCGGACGUCCAGCGCAAAUAUGACAUGGUGCAGGCCAGUAAGCAAAAGUGGGAGGAGCGGAGCGCCGACCUGCGUGUGAAGCAUGUCGAGGACAGGCACCGAGCCCAGUGCGAUCUUUUCCAGCAGCAACUCUGUCAGAUGAAGGAUACGCUUGAUCGCAAGCAAAAUGAGUUGGAUCAGAUAAACUCGCGCUACCAUGCUCUGCAGUCUGGUCAUGAAACAAUGCUUUUGGAUAAGGCCGCAAAGAUUGACGAACUUAGUCAAGCUUUGGAUGACGCCCAAGUGCGCUGCAACCAACUAAGUGCAAGACCUGAUUUGCAGUCUGAAAAUCAUAGGCAACAGCAAUGCAUAAGUGACUUAAAAGCCCGCAUUGCAUAUUUGGAGCAAACAGUCGCUUCGCUUCAUGAACGCCUAAACGAAACCACUGCGGAACUUGACCUAAUGGAUUCACUUAUUAAACAGCAUCAAGCGGAUGAUUCGCCGACUGGUCGGCUAAGUCAAGUGGGUGGAUCGCACCUUGUUGGUAGCACACCACUGAAUCCUCUAGACAGAGUUAGUCACAUCAAGCAGGAGUUGUAUCGAGCGCUGGCCAACCUGAAACACAAGCGGGAAGAAGUGCGACGGCUAGAGAAGCUUUUGGAGGAACGCAACCAGGAACUGCGCGUGCUGCGCGACCAGGAAAACCAAUCCCUGGUCCAACUAGAAACCCUAAAGGAAGCCAAAAUGCGCCUAGAGAACAAAGUGAAAUCCAUGCAGCAGGAAUUGGAAGAGCAACAGCACAAAUCACAGCAGGAGUCGGGUCUGCAUUCACAACUGCAAUCUAUCGAAGCCGAGAGGGAUGCACUAAAGGAAAAACGGCGGCAGGUCGAAGAACAACUCAGGAAUGUAGAAAAAGAUCUGGAACAACUAAAGCAGCAUCACGAGAGCCUUCAAAAAAAUUACGAUCAGCUUUCGCAGGAUAAUCGGCAGUUGCGAACUCGAGCAACUGCAGACAACCUGCCCUUAGAGCUGGAACGCCACAAGAUUCUGUUAAGAGAUUCACAGAGCGAGGUAGAGCGGCUUAAGAAACUGUACUCUGACAUCGCCACAGACAAAGAGUCAUUAGACUAUGAAUUAAGAAAGCUAAGAGAAUCGGACACGCUUAAGGAGUUGCAGGAUGAACGUCAAAAUUUGGCCACUGUUCAGCGAAAUUUGCAGUUGGCGGAGAUAAAAUCUGAGGAGCUAAAAAAGCUUUUAGAAAUGGAGAAACUCAGCCACGAACGUGAUCUGCAGACCUUGCGACAACUGAGCGAGCGAGAAAAGCGCAAAGGAGACUUUGCGGCGGCCAAGGAAAGCUUCGAAAACUGCAGCAAGUGCCGUGAAAGCAUAGCAGAAAUUACCAAGUUGGAAAUUCAGUUGAUAAAGCUCCAAAACGUGAACUCAAUGCAGGCCAAGGAACUCGAAGAAUUGGAACACGAACUAGAGCAGUCAAGAAAUUUGCAGACCGCGAUGCAGGAAAAGAUCGAGCUUUCAAGAAAGCAGGACGAGCUCAUUAACGAUCUUAAGGAAAAGGCCAAGCAAUUUGAGGCGUACAUUAGGCAGCAAGAAGAGCAAAAGAAUCCGAAUAAGACGCUCAGUCCGAAAUCAAAUUUAGAAUCCACGGCUGACCGAUCGCCAAAAGAGCUUACCCAGAAUCGAAUUAGAUUGAUCGAACAACGAGUUCGCGAUGAGAUGGCCAAACUUUUUGCUGGUGAACUCAAGAAGUUUACUACCCGACUGCAGCAAUCUGAAGAGCGGAGCCAAUGCCUCCAAUGGGAAUACCAAGCGGUGUGUGGAGAGCUGCAACAGAGGCAAACGGAGGUGGAUCUCCUAAAGCAAACUAUCCUAGCAGAACGCGAUAAUAUAGAUGAGAUUCUGGCCGGCAAGGAAGAAAAGCAAAAAGAAUUGCUGCAGAAGUGCCGCCAAGAGCUGCAAGCGAAGAACCAGCGCAUUGCCGAACUGCUCCGAGAAGUCGAGGAGCAGCACGCUAGCAUCGAAUCAGAAAGGCAAUCUAUGAAGGCUGUUAUGGCCCAGUGGGAAAAACAGCGUCAGUCAGUCGACCAAGUGGAGCAGCACUGGCGCCAGCAGCUGGAAACCCUGCGUACCACACACGAAGAGGCGAUGCGAUCCGCACAGCAGCGAUAUCAAAGUGCCAAGCGCACCGCCCACAAUUACAAGUUGUAUGCUGAGGACAAGGAGGCACACAUGAAACGCGAGUAUGAGCGCAUUAAACAUGAGUACGAGCUAUCGCUCGCCAAGAUCGAGGCGACCAUGAACCAGCACCUGGAGCAGCGGAGUCGCGAGAAGCACCGCGAUAAAGAAAACGUGCCGAGCAAUAGCAGCAACGACCCGAUCGGCAGCUUGAAUAGAAUGCCCAAAGGCACAGCUCACAGAUAAGUAUAAAAAUAAAAGUACAUUUGUCUCUUUAUCGUUAUUGGAUGCACUGCCAAAUUGUUUAAACAAAAAAGUCGAUGUACAUUCUUAAUUAAUAUUGCUCUUCUAAAAUAUAUAAUUUUUUAAUAUGAUCUACUUCAUCUAAAUUUA